AUGCGCCUUCACCUGCUCCUGCUACUCGCGCUGUGCCAAGCCGGCCACGUUGCCCCGGCGCGCAGCUACAGCUUGCGGGGAAGCUGGCGGAUCCGCAACGCAAAUGGUUCCCUAGAGCUGACUGGGACAGUCCCCGGCUGCGUGCACAUCGCUUUGUUCCAGCACGGCCUGAUCCAGGAUCCUUACUACAGGUUUAAUGACAUUAACUACAGAUGGAUUGCUUUGGAUAACUGGACCUAUAGCAAGAAAUUUAAAAUCCCCUUUGACAUUAGCAAAUGGCAAAAAGUGAAUCUGAUUUUUGAGGGCAUUGACACAGUCACAAAAAUCCUGCUGAAUAAUGUCACUAUUGGCAAAACAGACAAUAUGUUCAAUAGAUACAGCUUUGAUAUCACCAAUGUGAUCAGAGACAUGAACUCCAUUGAGCUGCAUUUCCAGUCAGCAGUGUUGUAUGCAGCACAGCAGAGCCAAGCUCAUACUGCCUACCAGGUGCCGCCAAACUGCCCUCCACUUGUACAGAAGGGUGAAUGCCAUGUCAACUUUAUUCGAAAGAACUUAGAUAACAGUGCCCAGGAGUGGAAUCUCGAAAUAGAGUCUUCUUUUGAUGUUGUGAGCUCAAAGCCAGUUGGUGGUCAAGUGGUCAUAGACAUCCCUAAACUGCAAACACAGCGGACAUACAGCAUUGAACUUCAAUCUGGGGAAAGUACUGUUGAACUCCUUGUGAAAAUUAAUAAGAAUAUUACUGUAGAUACUUGGUGGCCUUAUGGACAUGGAAAUCAGACUGGGUAUAACAUGACUAUUCUUUAUAAACUGAACGGGGACUUGAAUAUCGAAAAGUCAGCCAAGGUUUAUUUUAGGACGGUGGAACUUAUAGAAGAGCCUAUAGAAGGGUCUCCUGGUAGGAGUUUCUACUUCAAAAUUAAUGGAUUGCCCAUAUUUCUGAAAGGCUCAAACUGGAUUCCAGCAGAUUCAUUCCAGGAUCGAGUAACCUCUGAUUUGUUACGACUCCUUUUGCAGUCUGUUGUGGAUGCAAACAUGAAUAGUCUCCGGGUUUGGGGAGGAGGAAUUUAUGAGCAGGAUGAAUUCUAUGAACUCUGUGAUCAACUAGGAAUAAUGAUAUGGCAAGAUUUUAUGUUUGCUUGUGCCCUUUAUCCAACUGAUCAGAGCUUCAUGGAUUCAGUGAGUAGAGAAGUUGCUUACCAGAUCAGGAGACUAAAAUCUCAUCCUUCUAUCAUCAUAUGGAGUGGCAAUAAUGAAAAUGAAGCAGCACUAAUGAAGAAUUGGUAUGAUAUAUGUGCCAGUGACUACCCAAUGUACAUCAAUGAUUACGUGAUGUUGUAUGUGAAAAACAUCAGAAAGGUCGUCCUGGCAGAAGAUAAGACUCGUCCCUUUAUCACAUCCAGUCCUACAAAUGGGGUCGAAUCUGUUGCAGAAGGCUGGGUUUCUGAAAACCCUUAUGAUACACAUUUUGGUGAUGUCCAUUUUUACGAUUACAUCAGUGAUUGCUGGAAUUGGAAUAUUUUCCCUAAAGCUCGAUUUGUAUCUGAAUAUGGAUAUCAAUCCUGGCCUUCCUUCAGUACACUGGAAAAGGUCUCAUCUAAAGAGGACUGGUCUUUCAGGAGCAACUUUUCACUUCACCGACAACACCAUGCAGAGGGUGACACUGAAAUGCUUUAUCAGGCUGAUCUUCAUUUCAAACUCCCCCGUAGCACAGAUCUAUUAGGUAAUUUCAGAGAUACCAUCUACCUCACUCAGGUGACGCAGGCCCAGUGUGUCAAAAUAGAAACUGAAUUCUACCGCCGCAGUCAAAGUGAGAUAGUGAAUGGAGAAGGACACACCAUGGGAGCACUUUAUUGGCAGUUGAAUGACAUCUGGCAGGCUCCUUCAUGGGCUUCUCUAGAGUAUGGAGGAAAGUGGAAAAUGCUUCAUUAUUUUGCUCAGCAUUUCUUUGCUCCACUGUUGCCAGUAGGCUUUGAAGAGAACAAUGUGUUUUAUGUCUAUGGUGUAUCAGAUCUUCACUCAGACUACAGGCUGACACUUACAGUCAGAGUUCAUUCAUGGAAUUCCUUGGAGCCUUUGUGUUCUCACGUGACUGAACAUUUUGUGAUUAAAUCAAGGACAGCCAUUCUCAUCUAUAAGGAGCCAGUGCCUUCAUUAAUGGGAUGUUGGAAUUGUACUCGGCAAAGCUGUGUGGUUUCCUUUUACCUUUCAACUGACGGCAAACCCAUGGGCCCAACCAACUAUCAUUUCCUAUCCUCACUGAAGGAGGCUGUGGGACUGCAAAAGGCACAUAUCACAGCCCUCAUCUCUCAGCGAGGUGACAUAUUUGUUUUUGAUUUGGAAACGUCAGCUGUUGCUCCCUUUGUGUGGUUGGAUGUGGGGAGCAUCCCAGGGAGAUUUAGUGACAAUGGUUUCCUCAUGACUGAGAAGACACGAACUAUAUUAUUUUACCCUUGGAAACCCACCAGUGUGAGUGAAUUGGAACAAUCUUUUCAUGUGACUUCCCUGACUGAUAUUUACUGA